CUUUGCCAGAGCACCAGACCGAAAAGCUGCGCCUGGUUCGUGGUUCCCCUUCCCCAUCCAAGCAAAGAGGGUGCACGGAGCGGCGCGCAGGAAAGCUACCACCGGCGAUGGCGAGUUCGAACCCGGCGGUGGUGGAGGCGGCGGGGCAGCGGGACGAGCUCGCGGAGUCACUGGCCGAGCUCUUCGCCAACGUCUCCGUCAUGGUCCGCGGCGAGCUCCAGGGGACUAACAAUCAGCUGGCUCUGCUUGAGAAGAUGAAUGACCGUGUAGCACAGGAAUACAGCAACUAUGGUGAUGUUGCUGCUGGUCUGCGAGUCUUUGUGGAGCAGCUGAACAAGAAAAGCCGGGGCUUUGACGAGUACGUAUCGCAGAUUGACGCGAUUGAUCAACAGGUGACUGAGUUCGAGGCGGUGGUGUCCAUGCUCGACAAGCAUGUUGCCCUCUUGGAAAAGAAAGUAAAAUCUGCCUACCACAUUUCUUCUUCUACCCAAUGAUUCCUAAUCCAGAACUGGUUCUUUUGCCAACACUUGAGCUUAUCCAAGAAAUGUAUGUUAUAUUCUGGAGAUGCUGAUUUUCCAGCAUCGCAAUGAUGCUGUCAGAUCCCAAGUUGUGCACUUGUGCUGCAGUAACUGUCGGGCAUUUGUUGCUAGUAGCCAGCAGUUGGAUUUUUGUCAGGAGCUUGAUGCAUGGGAUCUACAUCGACCAGAUUUACGGGCCCUGAUCAUUAUUGCCUACUGUUUCCACAAGAAACCUGUCCCUGUUGAUUUCUGAAGGACCGGGCUAGCUGCAGUUUGCAGUGUACAUGCAUGCUACCAAGAUUCCUCCAGAUUUUUCAAUCCGUGGAAUCGGCUGCACGGGACUGGUCAAUGACAUGUGGAGGCCCUGGAAUUGAAUCCCGUGGCUCUGAAAUUCUUGGGCUGGAUGAUUUCACAUGCAGCUUGGCAUCUCAUUCUUCUUUUAUCAUCGCAGAUUGUGCUGGAACUUGGACCGAUUGCCAAUUGCAAGUUUUGUC